GGUUGCUUCCCGGGAUCUGGGGUGACGCGGACGCUAUGGCCGAGAGCAGCGGGGAAGUGGUCGCCCUGUCCUCAUCCGGGGCUGGCACCAACCUCAACAAUGGGGCCGGCGGGACCUCGGUGCAGAGCAACAAUCCGCUGUCACGGAAGCUGCACAAGAUUCUGGAGACUAGGCUGGACAAUGACAAGGAGAUGUUGGAAGCUCUUAAGGCCCUUUCCAGCUUUUUUGUGGAAAACAGUUUGCGAACACGAAGGAAUUUACGUGGAGAUAUUGAACUCCGAAGUCUGGCCAUCAAUGAACAGUUUGUAAGCAUUUUCAAAGAAGUGAAGGAGGAACUUGAGAGUAUAAAUGCGGAUGUCCAAGCAAUGACCAACUGCUGUCAAGAUAUGACCAAUCGCCUCCAGGCUGCAAAAGAACAGACUCAGGAUUUGAUAGUAAAAACCACUAAGCUUCAAACGGAAAGCCAAAGAUUAGAGAUAAGAGCCCAAGUUGCAGACGCCUUCCUGGCCAAGUUCCAGCUGACUCCUGAAGAAAUGAGUCUUCUCCGAGGGACGAGAGAAGGACCUGUCACAGAGAAUUUUUUCAGAGCACUGGGAAGAGUCAAACAGAUUCAUAAUGACGUCAAAGUUCUCUUGCGUACCAACCAGCAAACAGCCGGUUUAGAAAUUAUGGAACAAAUGGCCUUGCUUCAAGAAACAUCUUAUGAAAGACUUUAUCGAUGGGCUCAAAGUGAAUGCAGAGCCUUGACACAAGAAUCAUGUGACAUCUCUCCGGUUUUGACACAGGCGAUGGAAGCCCUGCAGGACCGACCCGUCUUAUACAAAUACACACUAGAUGAAUUUGGGACAGCCAGAAGAAGUACAGUUGUUCGUGGAUUUAUUGAUGCUCUUACAAGAGGAGGCCCAGGAGGUACACCUCGACCCAUUGAAAUGCACUCCCAUGACCCCUUGAGAUAUGUUGGAGAUAUGUUAGCUUGGCUCCAUCAAGCUACUGCUUCUGAAAAGGAACAUCUUGAAGCUCUUUUGAAGCGUGUAACUACCCAAGGUGUUGAAGAAAAUAUUCAAGAAGUUGUUGGGCAUAUCACCGAGGGUGUGUGUAGGCCUCUAAAGGUUCGAAUUGAGCAAGUCAUAGUUGCUGAACCUGGGGCCGUUUUAUUAUAUAAAAUUUCCAAUCUCCUCAAAUUUUACCACCAUACAAUUAGUGGCAUUGUUGGAAAUAGUGCAACCACCUUGCUGACUACCAUUGAAGAAAUGCAUUUGCUGAGCAAAAAAAUAUUUUUCAAUAGCUUGAGUCUCCAUGCAAGUAAAUUAAUGGACAAGGUUGAACUCCCUCCACCUGACCUUGGACCAAGUUCAGCCCUAAACCAGACCCUCACGUUGUUGCGUGAAGUUCUGACCUCCCAUGACUCGUCAGUCGUGCCGUCAGACGCCCGGCAAGCAGAUUUUGUGCAGGUUUUGUCCUGUGUGCUGGAUCCUCUCCUCCAGAUGUGCACUGUGUCUGCCAGCAAUCUAGGCACAGCUGACAUGGCUACGUUCAUGGUGAAUUCACUCUACAUGAUGAGGACCACUCUAGCUUUGUUUGAAUUCACUGACCGACGGCUGGAAAUGCUGCAGUUUCAGAUUGAAGCCCAUUUGGACACACUUAUAAAUGAACAAGCUUCCUAUGUUUUAACUAGAGCAGGCUUGAGUUACAUCUAUAACGCAGUACAGCAACACAAACCUGAACAGGGCCCAUUAGCCAGUUUGCCCAACCUAAGUCCCGUGGCACUGAAGGCUGCAAUGGCUCAGUUUGAUCGAUACCUGGCAGCUCCAGACAAUCUGUUGAUGCCACAGCUGAAUUUUCUUCUCAGUGCCACAGUGAAGGAGCAGAUCAUCAAGCAGUCGACCGAGUUAGUGUGCCGAGCAUACGGAGAAGUGCACUCAGCCGUGAUGAACCCAGCCAGCGGCUACAAGGAGCCCGAGACCCUUCUACAGCGGACGCCCCAGCAAGUGCAGACGCUUCUCUCCUGAUUGCCUUACUGACUGUGUUA